GGCCUGCGUCGCGCCGCAGCCGUUCCGUGUCAGUCGUUGGCCGGUAACGGCGUUGGGCUGGCGCGGCUGGGGGGGCUGCGCCUGUGUGGGCAGCGGAGCCGAGCUCAGGAAGCUUCCAGCUCUUGCCCCCGCGUCCCUCUGCUACGACAGGAUGCGCUGCGACCCGCCCCUGGAGCAACGGGCACUGAUCGCCGCCUCUGCGACCAGAUAAAUUGACACAAUGUGGAGUAAUACGUCAAAUGAGGUGCCUCUGCAAAAUGAGAGGCAUAACCAAAUCAAGGAUUCUACUAGAGAUCGAACUGCAGCACAGGCUGCUUUUCCUCAGACUAAGGCUGCUCUAUGUCAUAUAGAAAACAAAUUGGAAAUAUCUCCCACCAGCACAGCUGUGUUUGAUUCUGUCAUGGAUGCCAAGAAGCCCUCUGCCUGUGUUAGCAGGAAGAUAAACAGAAGGGCUUCCCAGUCCUCCAGCCAAAAUAAAUCAAGCAAGGAGAAGUCCUCACGCAGCCCUCUUCGAGCUACCACUCUUGAAAGCAAUGUGAAAAAAAGCAACCGUGUGGAAUUUCGUGAACCAUUGCCUUCAUACAGGGUUAUAUGCAGUUCUUUGCCAUAUUGUGCUUCUAGCCAACUUGAGGUCAAGCAACAACUGCUCUCUGGUUUGGACCUUUGUAAAGCAGAAGCGAAGACUGAUUCAACAGGCUGUAUAGUACAUGACCGAGAUGAGCAGGAUUUAUACAGCAGAGGUUUUGAAAAUCCAUGUUCUGCUGCUGCAGAUGUAACUGUUGUAAGGUAUUUAAAUGACCAACCAGCAAUUGAAGCCUUGCAGAAUAAUGAGGUAUUUCUUAAGGUCUCAAAACCUCUGAGGUUGGAAGAGGAAAAAACUAGUGGCUCCAGAGGAGAUGAGGUUAGCACAAAAACUCCUCAGAGUAAUGCAUCCCAAGACAGUGAACUGAAAACAUCUUCCCUUUCUGCCACGAGUAAUUCUGCUAGUGCUCACAGGCAGGAGAUCUGGAAACGACAACAUCAUGAUGCGAAGUUUAAGAAGCUGAAGGAGCAGAUUCGAAAGCAGUGGGGACAUUCUGAAGAGCUGGGUGGCAGAGGGGAGCACUUGGGAUAUGCUGAACAGCCUGUCAUGAUCACAAACAUGGAGAAUACCGUGAUUCCCAAAGUCAGGAAAGUGGCAGCUGCACCUGCUGCUCCAUCGUACAGAGGUUUCAAUCCUGUUGAAAAAAAGAUUUGCACUCCAGAUGGAAAAAUCUGGCAUCGGGAAGAAUUGCACAUUGACACUCAGGAGGUGUCUAGAGACAGAGAACUCCAAUUAACAGAGCAUCCAACAGUGAAAGGAAAACCUAGUGAGAGAAACAAAGAGAAAAAAGCAAGCAGACCAGUGCGGAAAGUGCACAAACUGACGCAGUCAUCAAGUCCAGAGUCCAAACAAGGUGGAAACUGUGUAAUAACUCCAUUCUCCUGGCGGGAGGGACAAAAGCUGGCAAAUAAGAUACUGGGUCCAGCUCCCAGAAUAGAACUGGACAGAAGAGUUGUGUCUAGUGACAGAACAGGAGGACAGCAAGCUGCCGAUUCUGGCUGUGUUGCAAAUACUGGUUCAGAAUCUAGACUGGAUAUUACCCAUAAAAUCUCUUCAAGGAGUUCUGAAAGGUCAAAGAGUAAAGUACAGUCUGAGAAUAACCUGAAGAAACUGGAAGCUGCUCUUCCAGACGAUAACCAAGAAGAUCAUGCCUCUGUAAAUAAGAACUUCCUGCCUGUGGAGAUAUGUGGAAUUCUCAAUGACUUGCAGUUGGAUUCUGUGAGUACAAAGCAAGAGAAAGAUGUGGAAAAGCAGAAUCGGACAUCUCUUUCACCUACUCAGAAUGCCAGGAGCCAAAGUCCAACCAAAAGGAAAACAGACAAGAUAGCUGCCAGUGAGGAGCCUCAAGUGAUCUCUAAGAAACGUCACUAUAACACCGAUGAGGUUCGUCGGUUCAUUGUCAGGCGGCAAGAGGAGAGGAAGAAGAAGCAGCAUGAGGAGAAGAAAGCACAGAAAGAGGCAACAGAACAGAAGAACAAGAGGCUCCAAGAACUCUACAGAAAGCAGAAGGAGGUUUUAGUAAAAGUCAAGAAAGUGCCUGUUCCUGAGCCUUCAGCAGCCAAACGGUUACAGGAAACCUAUUCUAAACUCUUGCUGGAACAUACGUUUUUAGAAAAGCCACCUCAGCUGCCUAUGGUGCCGGAAGCCCAGCCCAAACCUGGUUAUCAGCCAUCUGGGGAAUCUGACAAAGAAAAUAAGGCUCAAGAGCGUCCUCCUAGUGCAUCGUCAAGUAGUGACAUGUCUCUCUCGGAACCGCAGCAGCCACUACUGAGGAGCGAUUUGAUGGAGCCUCCAUGGGUGCAGCCAGACAGGUUGAGCCCAAGAGUCCAACUUUCUCAGCCACAAGCUCUCAUGGGCUCAAGUGGAGGCCUUUGCUCCCAACACUGGAGACUGGAGCAGACAGACCUUUUGUCAAAGGAGUGUGAUGUGAUGAUGGCAGGCAGGAGGAGCCAUGCUGCAUCUGUGCAUGCUGCAUCACUGACUGUGAUGCCUCAUCCACACCUGAAUUCACCCAGUGCCCAGCAAAAUCUCUCAGUGAAACCUACUGCUAACCAAUAUAAGAGCAAAUUAGAUCGCAUUGAAGCUUUGAAAGCUACAGCUGCUUCCCUUUCUAGCAGGAUUGAAAGUGAAGCCAAAAAGCUGGCUGGGGCUGGUAUGAAUUAUGGUACCAUGUGGAGCUCAGACUGUGAAUUUAUGCAAGGAAACCGGGAUGAUGGGCAGUGGGCAAAGGUUGUGAGUCCUCCUGUGAGAGAGGAAAAUGAAGAUGCUUUUUCCACCAGAAUUCAAAAAAUGUUUGGUACCUGCAUGUCUCAUACAGCCUUUGAUGACAGCCUUCCUGGGGUAGGCAACCUUAGUGAAUUUAAAAAGCUUCCUGAGACAAUCAGGCCUCAUACUGCUGCAGUCAGCGUUGGGAUGAGGUCCCCCUCUGCUAAGAGGCACGAGGGGAUACGAGGACAUUUAUCUAAGAGGCAGAUGGACUCCCCGGGACGUGAAAAUCAUGCUUAUGCUUCCAACAGGGCUGUAAUUCCUCAGGAGUUCAUCACUGACUCUGUCAGCAAAGGACCUCUCCUGAGUGAUGGAGGCCUCCCAGAGGAGAAAGGAGGCCAGCACAAGCAGUUGCCACGGAAAAUGCUGGAGACAUUAAAAGAGAGGGAUUUCUGUGUUCAGGAGAGAAAUGCUUUUGAGCCCAUAAAGGAGUUUCAGAAAGAAGCUGACAAGUGUUUGCCACUUUUCAGUCAGACAAGUGGCUCACCUGGCAAGGGGCUAUGGGAGGAACUGGUGAAGGGAAGUCCCCACAGUGUCAUUAACAUCUUUGCGAAAAGUUACCAGCUUCAUGGAAAAGUGUUUGAUGAGAGGUCUACUGGAAGAUCUACCCUUCUGUACCCUUUAUUGCCUGCUACGAGCCCUCCAGAGAGUGUGGUUUCUUAUGAAGAUGAUUUUGCCUCAUCCCAGGAAAGCAGCACUUUAACAGACAAAAAGAUUUCAUGUGACCUCAGUGUUGCUGCCAGCAGUAAUUCAAGCAUUCAGGAAGAAGUUCCAAGUAUCAAGUCUCCCCAUGAACCUCAAUCUGUAGAGCAUUCUCAGCAUUCACCUGGACUGCGAUCUGCAGCAUCUUCUCACUCAUCUGUGUCCUCUAAAAAGAGAGGGAAAAAGGAACGGUCGGACUCCUUCAGUGGAAGUUCUCACCACUUCCCUGUGGAAGAAGAUAAAAAGCUAUCUGAAAUAGAGUGGGGAUCCCAACAGACAAAGAAGUCCUUAUCAAGCAGCAGAGUUUAUAGUAAAGAUCAUGAGCAGAACACAGAUAUGGACAGCACAUUAGAAAACCUGUCCGGGCAUUCCCCAUUGAGUUUCUCAGACAAGGGAAGAUCCCAGAAGACAUCAACUUCUUCCCCAUCUCCCAGUUCCCCAAAAAUGUUGCAGUUUGAUUCUAUGGGCAAUACAGCAGAAAGAGUCAAGUCACCUGCAAGCUUUUCUGGAAGUACAUCACCAGGGAUGGAGUCUAACGUAGUCUACCCUGACUUAAGUUUGGGACCUAGCAGGUCUGUAGCAGGAGCAUCCUUAACAAGUGAACGUAUGCUCUCCUGCCCUGCCAGUCUUCAGCGUCAGUUAUCAGCAGAAUUGAGCUACCUCAGUGUUAUUGAGGAGACCGUGCGACAGCUUUCAGACAUAGAACGAGUGAGAGGCAUAUCACUUGCCCAUCUGGAGAGUGUUUCUUUGGCUCGGAUUCUAAAGUCACAGCAGCACCACCAUGAACGCAACUUGGCCCUUUUGAAAAUCAAGGCUGAGCAAGAAGCUUUAGAAAGUCAGAGACAACUGGACGAGGCAAGGCAGAAGGCAGCUCAGGUCCAUGCAGAGUCCUUGCAGCGUCUGACCCAGUCACGGCAGGAGGCUUUAAAAGAAAUGCCACGGAAGGCUGCAGCCAAACAGGUGGAAAGUGUACUUCUCACUACAGAUGCAGCUCACCAGAUCCAUGAGAUGACAGAAUUAGCACGAGCACAGGUCUCGGAUACGGUCAGUGCUACAGCUGCUCCAGUCACCCCCCUGUUUGACCACCAGCAACGGCAUCAUUCAGAGUUCAUGAAACAACUGAGAGCCCGAAGUGAUACAAACAGGUUUUGCAUAAUGUUUGACAUCUUAGGAAGGGGGAAGAAAUGUGAGUCUGCCACCAUAUCACAAGGUAAAGAGGAGCCAGGUGGCUCAAACCAGACAUACUCAACAAGAUUUGAUAGUUUUUCAGAGUCCUCAAGAUCAAAGGUUUAUGGUCAGAGCAGUAUGAGCAGCCGCCAAGAGAGUCCUUCAGUCCCAUCUUCUAAGGAGAAAGAGAAAAAGCUUUCCCAUCAUGAAAAGAAAUCUGGCAGUAUUGAAGAUCAGGCUCACACUGCUGUGGAUGAUUCCUUGCCAAGUGAUAGUAUUUUAUCUCUGCCAGAUGAAAAAGAUUCAGCAUCUGCUGCAACAGAGUAUUCCUUGAAAUUUGAUGAGUCAAUGACAGAGGAUGAGAUUGAGGAAAAGUCUUUUAGGUCCUUGCUGCCCUCCGAGAGUCAUCGCAGAAAUAACUUGGAGAAGAAACGGGGUAAUCAUGAUGAUUCUGAUGAGGAAGUCUCCCCAGAAAAAACAGCUCUGUCAUCUAUCAAGAAGGCGAGCAUGCCAUUCUCAGGGGGGCAAGACAGUUUCUCUAAAUUUACCAUGGAGAUGGUAAGGCAGUACAUGAAAGAGGAGGAGAUGCGAGCAGCACAUCAGUCCUCGUUGCUUCGACUGCGGGAGAAGGCUCUGAAGGAGAAGACCAAGGCUGAAUUAGCUUGGCUGGAGCACCAGAAAAAACAUUUGCGAGACAAGGGAGAAGAUGAUAAGAUGCCUCCUAUUCGAAAGAGGCAGCGUGGUCUGCUCCUGAGAUUACAGCAGGAAAAGGCAGAGAUUAAGCGUCUUCAAGAAGCUAACAAGGCUGCUCGGAAGGAGAGACAGCUGAUCCUUAAACAGCAGGCAGAAAUAGAACGGAUCCGUCAGACUACAAUGAAACUGCAGGAAAAACUAAAGUCUGCAGGAGAAAAUAAGGAACUUAACAACAAGGAUGAUGUCAAACAGAGCAAUGGUUCUAGUCCACUUCCAACUGAUGCAGAAACACGCAGCCCUUCCUCAAUGUCAGUUUCCAGCAGUGAGACUAGUAGCAUUAUGCAGAAGCUUAAGAAGAUGCGCAGCAGAAUGGAUGAAAAACACUGCUCUCCUGUUCACUACUUCUUCUCUGUCUUUACGUCUCACCACUGGGCCUCUCUCAGUGUCUGUUUUCCCAACCUCCACCCCAAAUUCCAGCUGUAUAUCUACAACCAAUUGGUCAGGUUCCUAACUAAGAGAGAACAGAAGCUGAUGCAGCGUCGUCAACAUGCUGAAGAACUGCUGGAGUGGAAACGCCGCCUGGAUGCAGAGGAGGCAGAGAUACAGCAGAUAGAAAAGCAGGCUCUAGCUGCCUGGGACAAAGAGCUGCUAAAAACCAAAAUAGCCAAGAAAGAGCUGGGGGAUCAGAGAACUGAGCCCAAAGAAACAGUUACUGAAGAAGCAUCUCCAGUGCCUUCUUGCUCUCAGCUGAACAAUGAAACCUCUAUCCCAGAAGACCUUGACAGUGUAGCUGCUGAAUCUGUCCCAUUAGAGGCUAUGAGCCAUGGACAACCAGAAAACCCAGAUCAGAGUACAGUUAAUGAAGAAAUGGUUAAUUCUGAAGAGAUCAAGUCCUCUGCGUCACUUGGCAAACUCUCUCCUCCCAAAAGCAGCAUAUCCAUAUCAAAGCAAGAUUUCAGCAAAGGCAGCCACAGAACUGGAGGACAGCUACAUUCAACUGUGAAGUCUCAUCAGAUAUCUCACAACUGGUCUGAUGAAUCUUUAUCUAUGACACAGUCAGAAACCACAUCUGAUCAAAGUGACAUUGAAGGACGGAUCAGGGCCCUGAAGGAUGAACUAAGGAAAAGGAAGUCUGUGGCUUACCAGCUAAAAAAGGAGCAGAAAAGGAGACAAAAGGAGAGACUGAAGGCCCAGGAAGCCAGUUUGAUCAAACAGCUGGAGUCAUAUGAUGAGUUUAUCAAGAAGACUGAAGCAGAGCUGAGCCAAGACCUGGAGGCAUCACCCACAGCCAAACCUCAGAUUAAAACUCCAUCCUUAGCUGCUUCUGAAAAACUGAAGAUCAAGGCACCACCACUCCAUAGGCCUGAGACAGCUAAAAAUUGGAAAUCACUGGCUGAAUCAGAGCGAUCCAGAGCAUCUUUGGAAUCCAUUUCAGAGCAUGCAGACGCUGUGUCAUCAGGAACUGAGAGAUCUGUGUCUUUGCACUCCCAGAAGGUGGAAGUGACAGAUUUUCAUGCAGGAGAACCUUGUGGAAUAUCUGCCUUGAUUUUAACAUCACCAAAGAAUUCCACAGCAGGAUCUGGUGACUCCGUAGAUAAUUUACCCUCAUCGUCUGUUCUUAAAGAUGUGAAAGACAUUAGCAGGGUAGCCCAUGUGUCAGUGAUCAAUGUGGUAAAUGCAUCCAGUGGUGAGGCCUCCUUCAGUCAUAAAUCUGAGAUACAGGAAGAUCUGGAAUACAUAACAUCAGAGCAAUACAAGACUGAAAGUUCUCAUGUUAAGCCUUUGGAGAGUUCUGAUGUCUUGUUGACAUUAGAUAAAGAGCAGGAGAGCUCACUGGACCAACUUCCAAAGGAAGUCCUCCAUUCUGGAGACAAACACACUCAGAAGGAACUCUCUAAUUUGACUUUGGAAAGUCUUCAUGGUACAGAAGAAAUCUUAGAACAGAGACUGGCUGAUAAAUAUGCUGUAACUGGCACUGGUGUGGAAGACUCUUCUCACAAAUUGAGUAAAUCAGCAGAGGAGAGAGAUGAUCUGCUUUCAGAACUCUCUAGUAAAAAAGAGCCAUCAUACCUUGAAGACUUUGAGGGAUACUCCUCUGGAGAACAAACAUCAGUUGAAGAAUCACUUCCUGAGGAACAUUACAAAGAUGACUUUGAAGCAUCUCUUCCCUCCUCUAAUGGGGAUGCUCAGUCACCUGCAGAGAACUCGCAGCACACGCACACCAGCAGUAGAUCCACCAGCCCUGGUAGUGGUAGUGAAAUCAGUGAACACCUCAGUGAUAGGUCUCCCUCUCUCUCUGGCAGCAUGCAUUCAGAGAGAUUAUUGGAAUUAAAAUCCCCAACAGAAUUUACGAAAAACACUGAAUGCAGAGAUGUGGGCCAAGAACAGGCCCCUGCUGAAUCACCACUGUGGUGCCAUGUCUCAGUCACUGAAGAAAAAGAAAAUUUACCAAAUUUUAACAUUGGUGAUAGAGUACUUGUGAAUAAAAUCCAGCCUGGAACAUUGCGAUUCAAAGGUCUGACUCAAUUUGCCAAAGAGUUUUGGGCCGGUGUGGAGUUGGAUGAACCUGAAGGGACUAAUAAUGGAACUUACAAUGGUAUUAAAUAUUUUGAUUGCAAAGAAAAGCACGGUAUUUUUGUUUCUCCUCAAAAGAUUUCUCAUAUUAUGGAAAGUAUUGAUAGCCAUUUAGACACAAAAAAAGACGAAGACUCAUUCUUCAACAAUAGACUGGAGAAGCAGCACAAAGCUGAGCAGAAAGACAGAGGUAGUUCCAAACCUAGCAAAAAGGAUGAAAGCCAGACAAGAGAUGCAACAGGCAACUAUUCCCAGGAUAAAACUCCUGGAGGCACAGCUGUUUCAGAAGCCUUAGCUGGGGAAAGGCUUGAUGAGCAGUCAUCUUCUAAAGGAAACAGUAUGAAGGAAAUUUCUAUAACUACUGAAUCAUUUGCCCAGGAAAAGUCAGUGGUGGAUUAUCUGAAGCAUGUUGUAAAAGAGGAGAUCAGCCUUGCUCCUCUCAUUUCUGGUGUUGUGGGUGAGACUUCCACUUUUCAGUUGGAUUACACCUCAGAUUUCCUAUCUGAGAAACUGGAGAGGCAGAAAACACUGGGGGAGGAGUGUGCUGAAAAGUUAGAUGAUCUCUCUCCUGGAGUUGUGGAGAAGUCUACAACUCCGCUUCUGGAUUUGCUGACAAAAGAAAAGAACCAGUUAGAAGCCCAGCUUAGACUACCACUUAGAGAGGAAGAAAAGUCAAAAGACCAGCUGGAAAGGGUCAGUUUGCUGACAGACAGUCUACUCAGAGACUUUGUGAAGGACACGGUCAGUCAGUUACAGCAAAUAAAGAAGGUCAGGAAUGAGAAAAUCCAGCUGAGCAACCAGGAGCUCUGUGAUGUGAAGGAGGAGUCCAGUACCCCAUCCCAGCAGGUAGAAAAGCAGCUUCCAGACAGACUGGAGACCUUUUUUCUAAGUUCUGACUUGGAAGAUGAAAGAGAACUUUCCUCUCCAGAUAUGUGUCCCAGACCAGAGAGUCCAGUGUUUGGUGCCAGUGGUCAGGAAGAGCUUGCCAAAAGACUGGCAGAGCUGGAGCUCAAUCGGGAAUUCCUGAGUGUUCUGCGGGAUGAUCAAGACUGGUUUGAUGACGACUAUGGCCUGAGUUCCCAUAAGGUCCAACAGAAGCAAGCUGAGGAACCAGUGGUGCUGCCCAAGACAGAACCACAGAAAGUGCCAGCAAAGCCGUGUGAGGAGCCUUUGGCAGUCCCUCAAACUGCAGUGGAGGUGGAAAAUAUGGUGCAUGCAGCAGUUGAGGAACUCUGGAAACUGAAAGAACUGGGUCAUGAGCUUCAAAGCUUCAGCCUUCAAACCAAUCUUAGUAGUACCCUCAAAGUGCAGGACACAGAUAGGAUAAACACGCAGGUUUAUAAAAAGGUUGUCCUUGAUUUAACAAGAGAGAUCUUUGGGGAAAUCUUUGCUGAGGACCCUAAUCUAAAUCAGCCCAUUUGGAUGAAACCAUGUAGGAUCUCAUCUACAUAUUUCCGACGUGUAAAAGAUCCAAAUGACGUAGGUGAAAUCAAGAGCUUCAUUGCAGCUGAAGUACUGAAGUUGUUCAGCCUGAAGAAAGAACCUAAUCAUAAAACAGACUGGCAGAAAAUGAUUAAAUUUGGGCGGAAGAAACGAGACCGAGUGGAUCACAUACUGGUACAGGAACUUCAUGAGGAAGAAGCCCAGUGGGUGAACUACGAUGAGGAUGAACUGUGUGUAAAGAUGCAAUUGGCAGAUGGGAUCUUUGAGACCUUAAUCAGAGACACCAUUGAUGUACUGAACCAGAUAAAUGAGAAACGGAGAUCGUUGCUUGUCUGACAGUGCUGAAAAUCAACUUACAGCUGCCUGACCACUGUGUCAGGGACCUUUCUGACUCCUGAGGUCCUCUCUACCCUGCAAGCACUGCUGAUGGAUUUCCACACAUGGAGUUCAAAGGAAGUUCAGAUUUGAUUUAAGGAACCUGAAUUUUGAUCUAUUGCCACUCUGGACCUCGCACUGGAUUUACUGUUUGGAACAAGCUCAUUCCUCACUUGAGGCUGCAUUUUGGAGCGCUCAAGACUGUUAAUGUGCCAAUGCAGUUGUACCCCAUAGCUGUCAGCAGCUCUCUGUGGUUGUGGCCUGGUGCUUUUAACAUACUCAGCCUGUGAUCUGAAAGGGUUGGGUUAAGUUAGGAUGUUGGCUGCUUUGCUGGAAUGAGUGUCAGCCAUCAAUAAUCAGCUUCUGUUUAGAAAUGCGAGUAAUUUGGACAAGAAACAGUUUGGUCAGGUCUUAGUCAUAAGUGAAGACUUACCAUACUGGACAGUGUUAUAAUACCUCUUGUCCUGCAGCCCUAACAAUGUGCAUCAGUUUCUUCUGCUCCAGAGCCCAUCCAAUUUCCUUCUCUGUGAAUCUGGUUUUCAUCUUUCUUCUAUGAUGUGGUACCACCUAUGAUGCCAGGCAAUCCAGGGAAAUUAGAUAAUGUUGCUUUCUGUAUUCAAGUAAAGGAUUUUUGCUGCUUUUCCUAUGUAAUUUGCUUCAGUCCCAAAGUGGAGCAAGAUAAAGGCUGCCUAAUGUCAAGUGUGAAAAAUGAGCCCAUGGACAACUUUCCUUCUUCAUGUAGCAUUUCUUCUCUUCCUGGAGCACUAACUGCUCCCUUAUAAGAGAUACUCAGGAUUUUCUCAGGCAGAAGACAUGCAGGAAUGGAAAACAUUUCCUUGCAAAAAUUCGCCCUUCAGUCCCUCAGCUUCCUCCCUCACUCACCUAACAAACCAGCCAUUACUUGAACAACUUAGAGAACAGUGUGUUCACCAAAGAGAGCAGUGUACAGUGCUUGACUGUCUGCAUGGGUUUUGCCAUGGUUUUUAUUUAUUUUCAGAUAAUUUAUUAAGUGGGUUAUAGGAGGGUAGUGGCUUUUCCGUUGGUCUGCGGGUUUGGUGUGGCUUUUCUGAUCUGUCCACCAGCAGAGAGAAGGUUAUACUGUUGGGGAGCACUGAAGAUCAUAUGCCUGUUGUCUUGCUGGCUUGGAUAGCACUAGUUUAGUACCCUCAAUAGAAGUAGUAACUAUUUUUACAGCUGUUUGGGCAGAAGGAAGCUGUGUCUAGGAAAUGGCUCUAUUUGUUUGCAAGGAUGACCAUUUAUUUUUGGUAGCAAUCUUUGAUAGGAGCAACCCUAAAAAAAACCCUUGAAUGUACGUGAAUUAUCUUCUCAGUACCUCAAGUGUGUUGAGUUGCUUUGAGUUGAGUGUAUACUCAAAACCUCGAGUGUGUUGAGUAUUUGUGGACUGAUGAUUACCAUGAUGAAACAAUGGUCUGUCUGGGUUAUGACUGGUAACGAGGAGGUAUGGGGAAGCCUGGAGUCUUGUGAACAGAGGCUGAAUUCUUUUAUUUCCUCCUCUCCCUAACCUUUCCAUUAUAAAAACAAGAUGAUAUUUCUGGGUCUCGGUUAUCUCAGUGCAACACCAUUAGAAGAUUCAAGACUGAGACAUUUUUCUGAGCCCCAUAAAAACUGUUUAGGGCAGUGGUUGUCAUCACUGGGGAGAUGUGGUUCCCUCUUGGGGAGGAUCUCAGUGCAAAGUGGGAAAGCCCAGGGUAGUGGAGAAGGAGCACCUCUCUCACAGCAGGAUGCUCCCUGAGCCAAGCUGUGAAAGAUCAGUACUUCUGCCUUUUGGAAAAGGCUUCUUGCUCAUAAGGUGGAACAAGAGAUUGCAAAAUCCCAUCUUGUUCACUUUCUUCCAAAAGUGGCCUUAGCUUUUUACAAUACUUGAAAAAGUGUGUACCUGCAGAAGAUCUUCAGUAGCACAGUGAUAGAGAUCUUUUACGUGACUAUUCUGAGAGGAACUGAGUGCGGUUCCCACUUUCAUAUCCCUUUACUACCUUAAGAACAUUAGGAAAAAAAGCUACAGAGAAACUUACAAGAAAACUUAUAAGGUAUUUAGUGCAUCUGAAGUGUUUACAAAUCAACUAAAGUGGAGAAAAGUGAACUAUUGAACUUCUUUGUAAUUUAAACAUUAAAUGCAAAGAUGUAUACAGAUGACAGGGGAAUACUGUAAUUAACCUGCAUUUACUAGUUUUUUCCCUUGACUUUGCAGAGCCUUUUGAUAUACAUUUGCAAAGCUGCCUUUUCAGAGUCUCUGUCUCCCUGUGUACUGUGCUGUGGAGGUGCUGAAAAGAAACCCAGUUACUGUAUAUGUGUAAAUAACCUGGUUACUUGGUUCUUGGGCCAGUUUCAGCUAAUGUUCACAUCCAGAGCAGCUUUGCACAGUAGACAGACCCAAGGAUGUUGAAGUUUUUGUUGUUUUGUUUUCUAAUUAAGAAUUGUAAAAUAACUAGGAUGCUCCCUGUGUAUACAUGUGUAAAUAUCUUUGGUAAGCAAAAUGUACUUUAUGAGAAGAAUAUCUGUAAAUAAAUCUGAUUUAUAAAU